AUGGAUGAUCUCUAUUCUAUAUUUAACAAAAACACAAAAAACUAUCGUAUUUGUUUUCAUUAUUGUGCUUUGUUUUUUUUCAGCUAUCGAUCACGUGUUGAUGUUAAUGCGAUUGAAUAUAAAAAAUUCUGUGAUGAAAUUGAAUCAAUAUUUACAACAGAUUCUCUGGAAAAAAAUCCACUUGUUAAUUCUGAACAAUAUGUAGCAAUGAAAGAUGCAACAAAUAUUCAGUUAGAUCCCGAUAAAGAAGAUCGAGUGGCAAAUCUUAUGGAUAAAAUGGCAAAACGUGUUCAUUCACGUCGUAUGCAAUUAUUUCCAUUAUUUGAAGAUUUUGAUCGUGUUCGUAAUGGUCAUGUUACACAAAAUCAAUUUUUACGUGUUUUAAAUGAUCUUGGUUUAUUAACAUUAUUAAAUGGUUUUGAAAAAGAUAAUUUAUUGGAAAAAUUUCGUGUGAGAGUUGGUGGACGUGAUGAUAUUGAUUAUAUAACUUUUUGUCAUGAACUCAAUGCCUUAGCUGGUUUCGAAGCUGGAAUACCAUAA